AUGGCGAUGUGCAACAUUCCGUCGACAAACACCGACCCUCAGUACCGCUACAAGAUGCCCCGCUUGAUGGCGAAAAUUGAGGGUCGCGGCAAUGGAAUCAAAACUUGCAUUGUCAACAUGGGUGAGGUGGCGCGUGCCAUCAAACGUCCACCGCAGUAUGUGACCAAGUUCUUUGGCAACGAUUUGGGUGCCCAAGCCAACUACACCAACAAGGAGGGCGAAGGCGAACGUUCCAUCGUUCGUGGAGCACAUCAAGUGGAGGACUUGAGGACUUCGCUGGACAAGUUCAUCGAGAAAUAUGUUUGCUGUGAGAACUGUCACCUUCCUGAGAUCGACAUGUAUGUCAAGAAGGGCAUUAUCCAGGGCCGGUGCAACGCCUGCGGUUGGGCUGGUGAGCUGGACAACACAGACAAGCUGGCCGCGUUUAUCAUCAAAAAUCCGCCUGAUGAGUCCGGACUCAGCCUUGGCACCGUUGACCAAGGAGGCGGAAUGGAUAAGCGUGAACGGCAGAAGUUGAAGGCACAGAAGGCCAAGGAUAAACACGGCACUGAGGACAGCGAAGACGACUCCGCUUCAGGCAGUGCUAAGGAAAAGGAGAAAAAGGAAAAGAAAGAAAAAAAGGAGAAAAAAGAGAAGAAGGAGAAAAAGAAAAAGAAGGACGACGACGACAGCGAUGAAGAAAAGGAGAAAAAGGAGAAGAAAGAAAAGAAGGAGAAAAAAGAGAAAAAGGACAAAGGCGAAAAGAAGGAGAAGAAGGAAAAGUCCGAGAAAAAAGAGAAGAAAGAGAAAAAGGAGAAGAAGGCGAAGGAUUCGGAUGAUGAAGAUGACGACGAUAAGGACGUCAAGAACCUGCAGCACGAUGAGGAGCAAACCAAAGCAGUGGUUAGUGUCCUCAAGGAAUGGCUGCAGGGUCAGAGUUCGCCGAAACCUGCUGACUUCUUCGAAGAGCUCCGGAUGCAACAACUGUCCAAGGUCUUCGACCAUAAGGUUCGCCUCUAUAUUGCUUUUGAAGCGCUAUGUGGAGAUUCCAUGGAUGCGAAGGCUUUGGAAGGGCAGAAAAAGCUGGUUGACAAAGUCAUCAGCAGUCCGAAGUUGCCUGGAUCUGAAGUCCUAUGGGCAUUGGAUGCCUACCUCGAUCUGCACGAGGGUAUUUCCAAGGGAUUCCCCAUGCUCCUGAAGGUGGCCUAUGACCAGGAUUGGGCGGAAGAGAAGGAUAUCCUCUCGUACUACAAUGACGACGAGGGAAAGGGAGAGCCAGGCUUUCAGGAAGCGAAGAAAUUGGCAGCGCCCUUUUUGAAGUGGUUGGCGGAAGCCAACGAUUCCGAUGACGAUGAUGACGACGACAACGAUGAUUCCGAUUCGGAUUAA